AUGGUCGCCACGGCUAUUCACGGCAUCGACAGAUCCACCACUGAGGGAACUGAACUAUUACGUGUACGUGUGGUGAAAGGCGAACGAUUGGGUAAGCGCGACCUGUUUGGCGUCGUCAGUCCAUACUGUGUGGUGCGUCUAGAAAGAGCCGAUGGCGAACAAAUCGAUGAAAUCACUUUGGAAAAGAAGAAGAAGACACGAGAUCCAGUAUGGAAUUCCAUCGUGACGUUACGCGUGACGAGACAAUGCUGCUUGAAGUUCCUAAUUUUCGAUGAGAAUAAGAUCCGGAAGGAUGCCUUGCUAGGAUCAGUGGAAUUCAAUUUGGCAACAGAAAAUAUUGGCAGCGAAUCACGACCGCCAUCUGCUUAUCCGUUGAAGGGUGGGCGACACAGGAAUAUCGGUAAUCUGUGGAUAGGGAUGUACUAUUUACCAUCGAAUCAGUCGCCGAAUGAGUCCACAAGUGAUCUGCAAGUGAACGAUUCCAUGCCUGAAGGUAUAUCUACAGUCUGCUAG